AUGGGCAAGCAGCCGGCCAAGGACAAACAGCAGCAAACUAGGUGUACCAUUAAAAGAUACAAUUCUUGUAAAAAUGUCAACCGCCUGAAGGAUUUAGCAGUCCGAAUGGUUUUCUCAGGCCAUAUGAUGAAGUAUGAUGUGUCCAUUCCACAAGACAAAAUGUACAAGAAUCAGAAAUACUAUGGAUCAAUGUUGCUGCACGUAUUUGUAUUUUGCCACUAUACUCUGGUAACACAUCAGUCCCAGCCAAAUUUCACACAACACGUGAGCGAGCAGAGCAAAGGGACUGACCGGGUCAGCCGCAGGUUGAUUCGGACCUAUCAGCUGUACAGCCGGACUAGUGGAAAGCAUGUCCAGGUUCUGCCCAACAAGAGGAUCAACGCCAAGGCUGAAGAUGGGGAUGUGUACGCUAAACUCAUUGUGGAGACUGACACAUUUGGGAGUCAAGUGCGCAUCAAGGGAGCUGAGACAGGCUUCUAUGUCUGUAUGAACAAGAGGGGGAAGCUCAUUGGAAAGGUGAGGACAAAAGCUGUUCAACCAACUGAAACAGAGGGAGAGGGCUGG